AUGACUCCCAUCGCUUCCCCCGCCGCGCCCCAUCUUCCCGCCUCUCACUCCGCCAGCCCCCUUGCGCCCCCGCCCCCUCCCGCGCCGUCCGCGGGCUUUGCGCCGCCGCGCAGCUCCCCCGCGCCGACCGCGCGGCUGUCGUUCGGCUCCGUGUGGCCCAAGGCGCGCGACGAGGCGAUCGAGGUGGCAAAAGAAUUCCCCAACGGCGACACAUACUACGGCGGAUGGUUACUCGUCGGAGGCGGGUUACCACACGGCCUCGGGUGUUACACCUGGGGCGACGGGAGCGUGUACGAGGGGGAGUGGGUGAAGGGGCAGAAAAACGGGCAGGGGAUGUUUUUAUGGCCGUCCGGGGCGAGGUAUCAGGGGGAAUGGAAAAAAGGGCAGAUGCAGGGAGUGGGGACGUAUUGGGGCGCGGACGGGUCUUUUUACACGGGCAACUGGGCAGCCGGAAUAAAGCACGGGCUGGGCAGGAAAAUUUACCCUAACGGGGAUUCGUACGAGGGGUUCUGGAGCUGGGGCGCGGCGGAAGGUCCGGGGCGGUACAAGUGGCGCAACGGGAACGAGUACUUCGGGGAGUGGAAGGCCGGGACCAUGAGCGGAUUUGGCGCGUUUGCUUGGGCGAGUGGGGAUAGGUUCGAAGGGGAGUGGGAGGGCGGGUAUGAGCAUGGGCCGGGGUCGUUUGUAUGGGCGGAUGGGAGUCGGUAUGAGGGGACUUGGAGUCAUGGGUUGAAGGAUGGGAAAGGGGUGUUUUACCCUGCGGGGUAUAGGUCCGAGGAUGGAGUGCUUGGAGGGGGUAGAUCGGGGGAAGAGGGGGCGGAAGGGGAGGCGGAGGUGGGGAGGUGGUCGAGUGGUGGGGAGAGGGAGUGUGCGCCGUGGGAUGGUGAGGGGAGUGGGGAUGAGGGGCAGAGGAGGGACGAGGAGGGAAGAGGAGGGGGAGAGAGAGGAGAUGGAGGGAGAGAGGAGGAGGAAAGGAGGGGAAGGCAAAGCGAGGGCGGUGCAGGGGAGGGUUGGGAGCAAGAGAAGGUUCCUAGAGCUGUAUCCCAUGAUAGCUAUGUUAGCAGCAGCAAGAACCGAACCUCCAAGACAGGUUCGGCAUUGGUCGGUGCCGCAGGCUUGGUGGAAGCCAGAGGCACGGCGGCUGCCCCGGCCGAAGCCGUGGCCCGUGGUUUGGCGGAGCAGGGGAUAGGGCAUGGCAGUGGUGGGAGUGGGAACGUUGAGGCGGGGAGUGGGAGGGUGGGGAGUGGGUGUGAAGCGGAGAUGGGGUGGAAAGGGGGACAGCAGCAGGGGGAGCAGCAGCAGGGGGCUCAAGAGGAGCAGCAGGAGCAAGAGAGCCACCGCUCCCCCUGUGCUCUGCCCGUCAGUGUCUCAAGUCUCGCAGCCUCUGAUACCACUCUCGCCACAACACAGGCACCGCGGCUCAUCUCCUCGCCCCUCACUGCCCCUUUCCCUCCCGAUGCUUCUGCUGCUGCUGGCAUUACCGCCCUCCACAGCCCGAAUACUGCUGCUGCUGCUGCUGCUGCUGCUGCUGCCCCGGUUGCUGCGACUGCUGGCAAUACCGCUCUUCUCACCGCGGUUGCAGAAUCCAUUCAGCGUAGCGGCAGCAGCAUCAGUAGCAGCAACUGCAGCACCAGCGGCGCUGCUACUGGCAUUAGCCGUCGCUCGUCACGUGCUAGCACUGGUGAUGCCUCUUCUGCUGCCAUUGCCUCGUCUACUAGGAUCAACCCCUCUGCUGCCAAUACCCCUUCUGUUGCCAAUGCCUCGUCUACUAGGAUCAACCCCUCUGCUGCCAAUACCCCUUCUGUUGCCAAUUCCGCUUCUGCUGUCAAUACUCCAAUCACUGCUAAUACCGCUAAUCGAGAGCUCCAAAGGAGGAGAAGCAGCAACGAUGCCAGUAUCGAGAGUGACACAAAGGAGGGGGAUUCAGGUGAAUCUGUGAGGGGAUUAGCAGCUCACCGGAGGCUAAGCUCGGCUGAAUCCUCCCUUCCCCACUCCACCUCCUUCCCUGAGCGUACGCCUACGGUUGCAACUGCUGGUACACCUACGGUUACAUGUGCGGGUACACCUACAAUUACAACUGCAGGCACACCGACGGUUACAACUGCGGGUACGCCUACGGUGACAACUCUGAGCACGCCGACGCAGCGGAUAGCGGAGUGGGCGCGGCGAGUGAGCAUAGAGAGGCAGCUUGUAGAGGGGACAAGGGCGCUAGACCAGGAGCUGGGGCAGCAGGCGGCACAGCAGGAGCAGCUUUGGAGCGGGCCGCUGCGAGCCCUGAGAAUGCUACGCACUGGGAGCUACGGCCAGAGCCCCAGUGAUGGUGGUAACGGUGUUGUUGUUAAUGGUGGUGGUGGUGGUGAGGGUGAUAAUAACGAGGGCAACGGUGAGGGUGGUUGGGGUAGUGGCAGUGGUAUCAGGAGGAGUGGGACGGACGGUGGUGCCAUAGCUGGUGUUUUGGAGCCGGAGGGGUUGGCAGAAAGGAAAAGCACACCAGAUGUGGGAGUGGGGAGAGUAAGGGGAGUAAGGGGAGUGAGGGGAGUGAGGGGAGUGGAGGGAGGGAGAGGGAUUGCAGAGGAGAGGGGAUUAAGCAGAGGUGGGUUGCCUUUGGCGGGUAAGAGUCUUAGCUUGAGGGAUGACCGGCUGUUGAAACUCGAACCUGUUGACGCGAGGAAGGUUUGGGGGAGCUUCCGGACCGGGCGGGAGGCUCGGUCGGAGGCUCGGGUGGAGGGUCGGGCGGAGGCUCGGUCGGAGGCUCAGCAGCAUGCAGUGCGCCCGCCGAGCCUGCAGGUGCCGAACCCAGGGGGGUUAGGAACAGGGGGAAUGAUAAAAACAGAGGAGGGAGGGAUGCAAUCAGCAGAGGGGGUGAGUAAAGCAGGAGAGAGAGGGAGCACAGCAGCAGGCGCGGGGGUGACUGCAGCAGCUGGCUUGGGAGGGACCACGUCGAAGCAGCAGCACAAGAUGGCGAGGUUGGUGACCAUGGGCCCUGUGCCGGGGCGCAGUGUGGCUUACCAUGAGCCGGGGCGGGGAGGGUCGGCAUCUUCUGAGCCGGGGCGGGGAGGGUCGGCAUCUUCUGAGCCGGGGCGGGGAGUGGUAGGGUGUCUUGAGCCAGGGAAAGGGGCAGCGAGUGAAGAGACGUCUCGAUCGGGGCCGCUGGGCAUCCGAAUGGCUUCUGACACGGCUGGCGUGCGAGAGCAGGGGGGAGGGGCAGCGAGUGAAGAGACGUCUCGAUCGGGGCCGCUGGGCAUCCGAGUUGCUUCUGACACUGCCGGCGUGCGAGGUGGCGAAGGGUCAGCAUCAGCAUCUCUAAUCACAUCCCCCAUGUUCAGCACGAGCCACGCAGUGGGAGCGCCCACAGGGGCGGGGCAGGGGGGCAGCAGGCCGAAGCCGAGCAUGCGGAGGGGAACGGUGUUGGUGAGGGAGUAUGUGCAAGGCGUGCUUGUUUCUGAGACGGCCAAGAGCGACAAGACCGUGCUGCCUUCGACUCACGAGGGUUUGUGUUCCCUCUUCAUCGGGCUUCUCAAUGCUUUUGAGUCGACUCACGAGGGUUUGUGUCCCCUCUUCAUCGGGCUUCUUGAAGAAAGUGGAUCGCGAAACAAGGGGCCAAGGCGGGAAGGCAAGAAGGCGGGCGAGUUGAUAUACAAGGGUCAUCUGUCGUACGACCUGAUGGUCACGCUGCAGCUUGGCUUGCGCCACUCCAUAGGUCGCAUGGGGCUGGACUCCGUACGGGAGUUGAGAGAAAGCGACUUCUCGCAACACGCACGCAGCCACUACUCCAUAGGGCGCAUGGGGCUGGAUUCAGUGAGGGAGUUGAGAGAGAGCGAUUUCUCCCAGCAUGCGGGGCCAAGGGCUGUGCGCUUCCCCCCGGAGGGCUCUCAGAUCACUCCCCCGCACCAAGUAGCUCCCUUCAAGUGGCGGGAUUUCUGCCCUGCCGUAUUCAGGGAGCUGCGAGCUCUAUUCGGAGUUGACCCGUCAGACUACAUGCUGUCGCUGUGUGGUGACACGGCGUUAAGAGAGCUGUCUUCCCCGGGCAAGUCGGGCAGUGUCUUCUAUCUCUCCCACGACGAUCGCUUCAUCAUCAAGACAAUGCGACGAGCCGAAGUGCAUGUGCUCCUGCGAAUGCUCCCGGCAUACCACGAGCACGUGAAGCAGUACGAGCACACCCUGCUCACCAAGUUCUUCGGCCUCCACAGCUGCAAGAUCUACAAGCCCUCCACCGGCAGCACCAUGAUCCGAUUCGUGGUGAUGGGCAACCUUUUCAACUCAGACGUGCGGCUGCACCGCCGCUUCGACCUCAAGGGCUCCUCACAGGGGCGCAGCAUGGACAAGGUGGCGAUCGAUGAGACCAUGACGCUCAAAGAUCUCGACUUGGACCUCGCCUUUAGGCUGCACGGGGGAUGGAGAAACCUGCUGCUCAGCAUGGACAAGGUGGCGAUUGAUAAGACCAUGACGCUCAAAGACUUGGACCUGGACCUUGCGUUCCGGCUGCACGGAGGGUGGAGAUACCUUCUGCUCAGGCAAGUGGCCGCGGACUGCCACUUCCUGCAGUCCCAACGCAUCAUGGAUUACAGCCUCUCCUCUUGGGCAUGCAUUUCCGUGCCACAGACCUUUGAGUCGACUCAAAAGGCAUUUCCGCAAAUGGCUGCCGACUGUCAUUUCCUCCAGUCGCAACGCAUCAUGGAUUACAGUCUCCUCUUGGGAGUGCAUUUCCGAGCCACAGACCCGCCCCCCCCAAUAGUCACCAUCGCUGAAGGCAAGGUCACAGUGAGGGAAAGGGAGGGGGAGGAGCUAGCAAAGGAGAGGCAAAAGGGGGCAGAGGAUGGGGAGGAGGAAAAGGAGGUAGUGGAAGGAGAGGGGGAAGGGAAGCAGGAGGGGAAGGGGGAACAGCCGGGGGCGCUCGGAUGCCAGGAAGCGAGAGUAGGUAUGGGGGGAGGAGGGGGUGAGGCGGAGUGCAGAAGAGAAGGGUGUUUGUUAGGGCAGCAGGCGGAGGCAGUGGGAGGGGAGAGGGUGACCGAUGGGUGUGCGAUGGGGGGGGAUGCGGUGGGAGAGGAUGCGUCUUCUUCUCCGCUUCAUGGCAGUACGAGUCCUCUUCUCCCUCUCUCUCCCCCUCGUCCGCUUCCCCCGCCCGAGCUAUUAAGCCACACGCACCCAGACCCACCGCCUCUCACCAUCCCCCCUUCCGCCACGGCACCUGAAGCAACCUUCUCAGGUUUUUCCCCAGGCACUCCUGCCUCCAACCCCCUCCCAGCACCGCCUGCCGCUCCUGGAAACGCCGGCGCUGCCCCAGGUGAUUCUUCAGCCUCCCUCCCCCAGAUUCGGCCUGUCUGCACUAGUGGGGGCGUUACGCUCCCCCACUUCCAAAAGGCAGAGCCACGUGAAGCGAGGGGGGGGCCUGUCUGUGCCUGCAAGCCCGUGGCUGCACCCUGUGCUGGGGAAGGUGCAGGUGCAGCCGCAGCAGGACGAAGGGGGUCAGGGGGAGCAGAUUCAAGGCCCACGAGGGCAGCAGCAGCAGCAGCAGCAGGAAGGGCAGCAGCAGCAGCAGCAGCAGGAAGGGCAGCAGCAGCAGCAGCAGCAGCAGCAGGAAGGGCAGCAGCAGCAGCAGCAGCAGCAGGAAGGGCAGCAGCAGCAGCAGCAGCAGCAGCAGCAGCAGCAGCAGCAGGAAGGGCAGCAGGGGCAGCUGCAGCAACCCAGACGGCCCUCUGA